GUUAAUAUUGACUUCCAGGCGCCAUGAAGCUCGGCCUACUGCUCGUCGCAACGCUGGCGGCAGUCGUGUGCUCUGCAGCGCGGGCAGGCCGCGUGCCGACGACGACAGAGACGCCCUGUCCCAGGAUGUGCAUCGCCGGCCAGCCGUCCGUCUGCGCUGAGGUCUCUCCCGGAAGGUACAUCACGUACUCCGGCGCAUGCAUGAAGCGCAUGUGCGAGUGUAUGCUCAAUAGAAGCCUGACGCAGGUGGACAUGAGCUUGUGCCGGGAUGCUCUCAGAGACAAGUGCCCCCUUCGCGUGGCCGCUGUGCAGACGCCAGCGGACGCCGAGGACGAAGAGGACUCCCUCAGCGCGUAGACCACUGGCCGACUUACAAGCAGCAAAUGAGCUACUGGGCAUUUCUCAACUAACCACUGGGUUGCUACGUUUUCGAUCGUCUUACUUAAUGUACACUGCUUCACUCUAUUUUAUUCAUUGUCGUGUAUCUACUGUGAACUAAUAUAUAAAAUCUUCUCCUUUUCCUUUUAACGUUGUUCCUGAUAAAUCAAACAACAAAAUUGUAAG